GCCCACAGACUGUGAUUCACUGUAAAGGAGGAGCCAGUUAAACAGCGUGGACUGUCGGAGAAGAGAGGAGGAGAGAAGAAAGCGAGCUGAGGGCUGUGAGACGACGAGUCGGCUGAAGCGAGAGUGCGAGGUUUACCAGCUUUUUAUUUCCUCCGGAACCCUCGACGCUGUCAUAAAGAAGCCUGUGAAGUGAAGGACUCUCAGGAUGGAGCGGAUGGAGUCAAUGGAGCCGAUCUCGGCAUACUACACCACGGCUUACCCGGAGAUCCAACCAGACAGUACUUACGGAUCCAAAGAGACAACCGAGAGCCAGGCAAUGACUCCACCACCUCCAACAUAUGACGAGGAGUUGGUGCACAAGACAAUCCUGGUUGGGGACAGUGGUGUGGGGAAGACAUCUCUGCUGGUGCAGUUUGAUCAGGGCAAGUUCAUCCCUGGCUCAUUCUCUGCCACAGUGGGCAUCGGAUUCACAAAUAAAGUGGUGACUGUGGAUAACAUAAAGGUCAAACUGCAGAUAUGGGACACAGCAGGACAGGAAAGGUUCAGAAGCGUGACACAUGCGUAUUACAGAGAUGCACACGCUUUGCUCCUUUUGUAUGACAUCACCAGCAAAUCAUCUUUUGACAACAUUAGGGCUUGGUUAACAGAGAUCCACGAGUAUGCACAGAGCAAUGUAGUCAUCAUGUUGCUGGGCAACAAGGCCGACAUGAGCAGUGACCGAGCGAUCAGGAGAGAUGAAGGAGAGAGGCUGGCCAGAGAGUACUCAGUUCCUUUCAUGGAGACAAGUGCCAAGACAGGGGUCAAUGUAGAUCUGGCCUUCACUGCUGUGGCCAAGGAGUUGAAGCAUCGGGCCAUCCAGCAUCCCAGUGAACCCAAGUUCCAGAUUCAUGAAUAUAUUGAGGCACAGAAGGAGAAGUCAGGUUGCUGCAGCUACUUUUAAAACUUAUCUCCCAACUCUUCCUCCUCCCAUAGCUCUGGGCGAACAGACUGUCAGAGACACAUUACUGAGUGGGAGGAAGCCCUGUAUCUCACUGCUGCUCACAAAAUGUUACACUGCCAUUCAUUCAAGACUAAAAGCCAAACGUACAUCAGUGGAUUAACCAUGCUACAGACCCACACAAAUUUUCUUUAGCUGAAUACCUCCAACUCUCCAGACGUCAGUUUGCACUACUGAUGCUUUCUAAAGUACAUUCAAGGAAAGAGUAGUUAUUUAUUUGAUAUGUUACAAAAUAUUCCCUCAGGAAU